AUGACAUUGUGGUAUUCGCUCGGGAUUGCUUUCUUUGCUGCCAUAGGCACGUUUUUGUUUGGAUUCGAUACUGGCAUUGCCACAACCACGAUUGCCCACCAAAGCUGGAUUGAUUAUAUGCAAAAGCCCUCAAAUGGCCUCACAGGAGCUGUUGUGGCCGUGUACAUUGCUGGCGAAGCCGUCGGUGCCCUGACACAAACAUUUGUCGGGGAUCGACUCGGCCGUAUCCGCUUCAUGCAAAUGAUGUGCAUUAUCGUGACAAUCGGCACAGUCAUUCAAACCGCCUCUGUUAACAUCGGCAUGUUCCUGGCCGGCCGCGUGCUAGCCGGCUUCGCAGUAGGGGGCAUGGUCGCAACGGUCCCAAUCUACCUGAGUGAAAUAUCGGACCCGAGAUACCGCGGUCUGAUCGGUGGUAUCUCCGGUUGCGGUAUCUCGUUCGGAACUAUGAUGUCGAAUUGGGUCGGCUACGCUUGUAGUUAUGCUCCCUACGGCCCCGUGCAAUGGCGUCUACCUUUGGGUAUCCAGAUUCCUUGGGGAGUCAUCAUGUUCAUUGGUCUUGCAACGUUCAUGCCUAACUCGCCACGGCAGUUGAUUCGCGUUGGGAAGGUUGAAAUGGCGCGUAGCGAGUUUGCGCGCAUUCGUCGUGGCCUUGUGCUUCACGAGAUGGAGGAGGAGUUUGGACUUAUGAAGGCGCAGAUUGAGUAUGAGAUGGAAAGGGAGAUGACUUCCUACCGAGAGAUUUUCAAAUUGUUUAGACAUCGGGUGCUUGUGUCUAUUGCGGUGCAGACGAUGACGAGUUUGACGGGUGUCAAUGUCAUUCAGUAUUACCAGACUAUUCUAUACAAGGGCCUUGGAAUUGGAUCACACUCGAUCCUCGCUUUGGCUGCAGUCUACGGUACCGUCGCGUUUUUGUCCAACUCGCUCACUACAAUGUACAUGACCGACCAGUGGGGACGUCGGAAGAUGCUGCUCACCGGAUUGGCUGGCAUUGUCUUGAUCGAAAUCUACGCCGCGGUGAUGCAGAGAGAGUUCCAGAAUACCGAUAACCGCAUCGGAAAGGGCUUUGCGAUUCUUGGAAUCUACCUGUUUGUGGUUUGCUAUUAUGGCAUGCUCAACAGUACCACAUGGCUGUAUGGCGCCGAGGUCCUUCCAAUUGCUCUCCGCAGCAAGGUCAUGGGUCUUGCCGCUGCAUCUCACUUCAUCGUCAAUGUUGGCAUCACCGAGGCUGGACCUAGUGCUUUUGCCAACAUUCACGAGAACUAUUACUACGUCUUUGUAGCAUGUUCUGCAUUCUUCUUGGUUAUCGCUUACUUUUACUUCCCGGAAACUAAACAGAAGACUCUCGAAGAAGUGGCUGCUGCGUUUGGUGACCGGGUCGUGGAUCAGGACGCGGGAGCGAAGCGUGCGACCAGUGUGGUUGGCGAGACGCAACACAUUGAAUCGACCGAUGGAACAGCCAAGGCAGUUUGA